CAAGGUGUCCAUGUGAACCAGGAAGACAGGUGUAUGCGUACAGCCUGCAGCUUGUGGACAUGUCUAUCAGCCGGGGGAACUGGUCUUCUCUCUCCAGGAUGGCCCAGCAGUGGAUUGAAGAUGAUGAAGAGGAACAAAUACGAGAAAGGAGGAGACGAAAUCGUGAUGAACCAGCAGCAACCAGAGUAGUGGAAGUCUCUACUGGAACUGACGGCUCCAGUUCACAGUCAACUGCUUCAGCUGCAAGCCCCAAGGACAAGAAGGAGUUAAUAAAUAAAAAACAACUCGAGAACCGUCAAGUUCAAAGUGAAGAAAAAAUUGAAACACCUAAGAAACACCUUGAAAGCAAAAAGCUAACCGGCACUGAUGUAGAAGAAAGAAAGAGUUUCCCAAAAGACAACCAAAUUCACUGUCAGAAUUUUCAGCUUGAAUGA